AUGGCUUUCAGCUUCGGAGCUGCCACCCCCAGCGGGGGAGGUGGCGGAAAUGUGCCUGCGGAAUUGGGCCCUGAGCUGCCAGAAGUGUUUACAGAGGAAGUUGGCUUCCAAGGUGUCGAAAGCGACAGCAGAGUCCGACUGCUGCCCAACCCUUGGCCAGAAGAUGCUCUUCCAUCCCCUACAGCUUCACUCUUGACCGUCGCUCCGACUAGAGGGAUAGUGGUCGGUGGAGGACCAGAUGGUUUGUUCGUCGCAAAAACCGACGCUGUUAGACAGGCGAUAGCUGCACAGCAGCCAGAGGAGGAUGCGCAGGGCAACAAGCUGGAAAAAGUGAAAACCAAGCCAUUCCAGCCGCAAGCCAAAAUCACGCUUCCGGCGAAGCCGACGCAUGUUGCCUUUGCGGCGGGUGAAAGUGCCCUGGUCGUGGCUACUGAGAAGGCCGAUCAGUUACUUGUCUACGAGACGUCGUCUCUGCUGCAGAGCAAUGCUCAACCUGCGAUAUCCAUUGGAAUGGGCGGUACGCCCCUUCGAACCCUCGUCCCGAACCCUGCACCCGCGGCGGAGGCACACUCGAGCUUGGUGGCCCUGGUCAAUACGAACGGCGAGUUGUCGAUAGCCAAUUUGAAGACAGGCGCGUUGGCCUCUGGCCCGGGAGGCCCAGUAUUGAAGAAUGGUGUUAGCUGCGUCUCCUGGAGUAACCUGGGUAAACAGCUGCUUGCUGGACUGGCAGACGGCACUGGAUAUCAGAUGACCCCCGAAGGAGAGAAGAAAGAUGAGAUUCCACGGCCCCCAGAAUUAGAGGGUGACCAACACAUUUCGGCCAUAUCCUGGCUCGAAAACCAUGUUUUUUUUAUCGUCUACACGCCCUCUGCUGCGGAAGACGACAUGGGCGGCAUUCCUGCUUCAAACUAUUAUAUUGUUACGCGCAGGAAAGGCUCUCCUUAUCUGUUGCAGAAGUUGCCAGAAUUGUGCUCGCCGUUUGGUCUCAAGCGGAGCCCUGCCUUCCAGUUUAUUGCGCGAUUGAAGGACUUCAAGCCGCACCUGAAGGAGGCCUUGAUAAUUUCUUCCACCGCGUCGACUGAUAUCGGUCUCGUAACCAGGGCUGACCAACCGUUGGCCACCGGCAUGCCAGAUGAGCAGGUGGGCCUGUUCUCUACAACGGUAAUAUCCAACGAUGCCAGAACUGCAACGCUACCUAUGACGGAUGCUACGAUGGAGGAUACCUCUACGAUUGGUCUUGCUGUCGACCUCUCAGCCACGGAAAAAGUCCAGUCGCCUAUUGCGGGUGAAGAUAUUCCGGAGUCGGAGACGCCGCUGCCAAACAUCUUAGUCCUCAAUAACGAUGGAAUUCUGCUUUCUUGGUGGUUUGUAUACGCAGAGUCUGUCCGCCAGAAGAUACCGUACCAUGGUCUAGCGACCGUGGCACCGGCGCAACCUCAGAUACAGACCCCAGCUCCUCCUGCUGCUGCUGCUGCCGCUUCACCGUUUGGCGCAGGUACUCAACGGCUCCAACAGAACUCAUUUUGUCAACCUGUGUUUGGCCUUCCCUCGUCUGGUACGACGUCUCCUUUUGGAAAACCUGCUGCUCCUUCGUUCGGAAGCCCCUCUAGCUUAGGCGCGAACCACCAGUCUCCCUUUGGGAAACCUUCAGCUCUGAGCGGCGGUUCUCUUCUCGGUUCCACCAGCCCGAUGGGCGCUGCUACACCGAGCUUUGGAAGCACCAGUGCUUUGGGGAAUCGCACACCGCAGUUUGGCCAGUCUGGCUUUGGGGGAAUGCAGAGUUCCGCUCCGGCUUUUGGUAAACCCUCCUUUGGUCAACCCUCUUUCGGCCAGCCGUCCUUCGGUCAGCCUUCGACUCCAGGAAAGGGAUUCAGUGCCUUUGCAUCCGCGACCCCAGCAACACCCAGCGCACCAGCAGGCGCCCUCGGCGGUGGUUUCAGUUCCUUCGCAAACUCCGGCGGAUUUGGCAGCCUUGGGGCAUCGAAACCUACCCAACAAAGCCCCUUUGCAAAGGCUGCAGGAGAAAGCCCAUUUGGAAAAGCAGCGGGAGAGAGUCCGUUUGCGAAGACCACAGGAGAAAACCCAUUUGGCAAGCCAACAGAGCCGUCUGGUUUUGGUCAACCUACAGAGACGAAGUCGAUAUUUGGAGCAAAGCCUGAAGAGUCUAAGGGUCCGUUCGGAUUGGGUGCUGGCGGCUUUGUCUUGGGAUCAGGUUUCAAAGGGGACGGUACAGCUGUGAAUGAUGCCCCGAAACCGGACCAGGGAUCAAGCGUGUUCUCGAUGGGAUCCUCCUUUGAAAACAUGCUGGGACCAGCCACGAGCAAGCCGAGUCCGCCUACAGAGUCAAUGGAUGAUAUGGAAUCUGAACCCACUGUGCCACAACUGGAGAAGACGCCAACAGCGGCGCCAACAUUCGGUGCGCCGGAAAAGACAAGCACAAUGCCCUCUGCCUCUACUGGAUCUUUAUUCGGAAGCCAACCGCCAAAGGAGCCGAGUCCCACGUCUACUAAGUCGCCCCCCUUUAGUUUAUUCGGAAACAUUCCUAAGCAGCAGACGAGCCCUCCGUCAACUCCUUCUGAGAAGACUCACGUUCCAGGUGUUGACCAGAAAGAUAUGCAAAAGACGGACAUGGAAGCUACGCCUACUAACAGGCUCGAAGAAUCUCCUUUGCCACCGGACGCUAUGAGCAGGGCUCCUUACGCCCCCGGCGACACGUCCGCAUCGUCGAUUGUGUCUAAGAGCUCAAUCGAAGAUGCACCGCUACCUCCGGAUUUCAUCACAAAACCCAAGAAGACGGAAAUACCGCCUGCAGUAGAGGAGGCACCAUUGCCGGCCGAGCCUGAGCUAUCAGAGUCGCCUCCGCAAAGCCCGGCUGAAGAGGCACCGCUGCCUCCAGACUUCCUUCCAAAGCCGAAGAAGACGCCUUCUCUGAGUAAAGGUCCAACUGGAGAUGCGCCCCUGCCGCCUGACUUCCUUCCGCCAAAGAAGAGCGAGAUACCAAAGGAGGAAACCGUGCCCUUGCCAGACGGCUCUGAAGCAGACGAAUCCGAAUUCGACGAGAGCGAAGAAGAAGUCACUCACGGGAUCAGUCCAACCGACGAACAGGCUGAUAAAACCGUAGACAGUUUCAAGAUGUCUCCGGAGAGCUCGUUUGGUGGACUUUCCGACAAGAGCCUGGCUGGUGGAGGCUUCACCAAGAUCUCGAUGCCUGAAGAGCAGAAGCAGCAAACCACACGGCCCUUGUUCGGAGAAAUCACGAAUCCUGCCAUCCCUCCGCCUCGCCCUGUGCGCACUCCAAGAUCACCCAGCCCCAAACGGCCUGGGUCACGAACAGGAAUUCCUCGGUCAGCUAGUGCGCGUGGUGUUCCGGGUAGCGCGCUUGCGACGCGAAAGGCUGCACUUGCUGAGUCUUCUCGUGGCAAACAGUGGGAACCGCUGCCAAGUGAUGUUGCCAAAGAGGAGCAGGAGAGAGCUGUUGCUGCUGCGGAACAGCGACUGAAUGAGGAAACCCAACAACUCGAAGAGGAUGAUGAGGACGAGAGGCUCCGUGCUGAUCUCGCCCGUCCUCUCUCCCCGACGCCUACAUUGGAUCCCUUCGUGCCUCAUCAAGACUACAUGGGACAGACAGCUAAGCCGGGCAUUCCCGGACAAAUCGAGAGAUUGUAUCGGGAUAUCAAUUCCAUGAUCGACACACUUGGCAUCAACUCGCGGUCUUUGUCUUCGUUCCUUCUUUACCAGGAAAAUUCCAAGGAGCCUGACGCCCAGAAAUGGAUAUCGAUUCUGCAAGGAGACGACCCCGCUGCCAUCUUGGACGAGAAGCUUCUUCUCCCGCACGUAAACAAUUUCGACGAGUGCGUGGCUGCGUUGGAAGGGUCCCUUGAGCAGCAACGGUUGCGCGGAGUCGAGGAGAAGCUGGAGCAGUGCCAGCAGCUGCUGGGCAAGGAUAUAUUCAUCCUGCGCGGCCAAUGUGCCAGUAUCCGCAAGAUUCUCGAUGCCCAUAACGACACUGUCGCAGUGCUCUCUGCCCCGUUGUCCGCUGAGCAGGCUAGCCUUCAGCAAGACAUGCGGAAGGCAUCCACGGUUCUGCAGGCCAAGCUGGCCGAUCUCGAGCAGGGUAUCUCGCUUCUCCGGGCCAAGAUCGCUGAUGCUCCCCGUCCCGAUGGCACUGCUAAUGCCCCCUUGUCUCGAAGACAGGCCGUCAAGAAGCCGACCGUGGAGGCCGUGACUUCCACCAUUGCCACCAUGAUGAGCAUGGCCGAAAGCAAGAGUGGCGAUAUUGAUCUUCUUGAAUCGCAGCUGAAGAAACUCGGAUUUGAUGUCUCUGGCCCUCCUGCCAGUCGUGAGGGUUCCCCAUUUGUGACCCCGUCCAAGAAGACCGUCGGGCGCUUCCCGGCAACUCCUGGAUCGCACGAUGGCAGCCGGAGCAUGUACCACACUCCCGAAACCACCGCUCACGGUCUGAACUUCCGCGGUAGCGUUAACGGGUCGUCUCGACUAAGCAUGCUGCGGAGUGUCAAUGGGCCUGGCGACGUGGUCGGCCGCCAACAGGCUGAGCAAUGGAAGACGAAAGCGCAGCGGCGCAAGGAGAUCGUUGGCAAUCUCAAGAAGGCGGUUGGCGAGCGGAAGGUCCAAGUCCGGGGAGUGGACGAUCUAUGA